AUGGGAAACUUAAAGAUUCGAGACUAUGAUAGCAUCACAUCGUUCCUUGGGGCUUGGGGACCCUUUCAGAUGAGGAUUUUUUUGGCACUGGCCAUCAGCAUUUUCCCCAACGGAUUAGUUGGAGUCUAUAUAGUAUUUGUGGCUGAUACCCCACCUCAUGAGUGCUAUAUCCCUGCAAAUAACAGCAUUAAUGAGAUGUGGAGAAAUGUGACUAUACCUCUGGAGACUGUCAACGGCGUUGAAAAGCCAAGCUCCUGCUGGAGGCUUAAUGUGGAGAUUGUCAGAGACUACUCUCAAAAAGGAAUCAUCCCAAAUGUGGAUGUAAAUGUGAGCGAAAUACCUUUAGAGAGUUGUCUUAAUGGAUGGAUUUACAGCAAAGAAACGUACCAGUCAACCAUCGUCACAGAGUGGGACUUGGUGUGUGACAAUGCAUAUAAAGCUCCACUGGCUACCUCUAUCCAUUACGUUGGUGUACUGGUGGGAGCAAUUUUAUCAGGCCAGAUAUCCGACAGGUAUGGAAGGAGGCCAGCGCUCUUUCUCAUGAUGGCUCUUCAGGCCGUUUCAAUCACAGCACAAAUAUUCUCACCGAGUUGGGAGAUCUUUACCUUGAUUUUCUUCUUCAUUGGUGGGGGAGGAUAUUCCAACUACACCAUUGCUUUUGUGUUGGGUUCUGAAAUUCUCAGCCCAAAAGCCAGAGUGGUCUUCUGUUCUCUUGGGGUCUUUCUGACCUCUGCUUUGGGGUACAUGGUAACCCCAGGUAUAGCUUACGUCCUCCGGGAUUGGCGAAUGCUGCUGAUUCCCAUGGCUGCCUCAAGCCUGAUCUAUCUCCCUCUUUGGUGGAUUGUCCCAGAGUCUCCUCGCUGGCUCUUUUAUCAAGGACGAGUGAAGGAAGCUGAGGCAAUAUUGCGGGAUGCUGCCAGGGGAAAUAAUGUAGAGGCCCCAGAGGACAUUUUUACCACUGCUGAGAUUGAAGAUGCACUGGCUAUAAAAGAGAAGAAAUACAAUGUUUUAAUUAUCCUGCGCAACUGCAAUAUGUUUUCUCUGAUAAUACUGUGUUCACUUCUGUGGAUCAUCAUUGCCAUCAGCUACUACGCUUUAAGCCUCAACACUUCAAACCUGCACGGCAACCCUUUUCUAAACUGCUUCUUCUCUGCGUUGACAGAGGUACCAGCUUAUAUUCUGGCUCUUCUCUUGCUCGAGUUUUGUCCAAGGCGCAUCAGUCAGUCAUCUACACUAUUACUUGGAGGCAUUAUGAUCCUCUGUGUUAACCUUAUCCCUAUAGGUCUACCAGCAGUAUCUGUGUUUCUUGAGAUGCUGGGGAAGUUUGGUAUGACAGCUGCUUUUUGUAUUGUGUAUUCCGUCACAUCGGAGCACUUUCCCACUUUUAUCAGGAAUACAGCGAUGGGCUGUUGUUCAAUGGCGGCUCGUAUCGGAACAAUCAUCUCCCCCUUCAUCAUUUAUCUUGCGAGAUACAGCAAGUCUCUCCCGUACAUAUUGAUGGGAGGCAUCGCUUUGACUGGAGUAAUCUUGGCUCUCAUUCUCCCAGAAACAUUUAAAAAGCCUUUGCCAGAGACUAUAUCGCAGAUGCAGCAGAUAUGUGGGAGACGAGGAAAGGAGAGAGAAGCUGAACAUGGAGAGAGCACAGCUGAUUUCCAGAGUAAAGAAUCAAAGUUGUAG